GCCGACAGAAGGCUGUUGGGUAUCCGUUAAACUAGCAUUUUUGUGAUGUUCUCAAAUGAUAUCGGCGUGCGUGGAUCGAUGAAGCAUAGCAGCAGAAACCCUGAUUAUUUUACAGUGUUUUUCUCCAUGGGUUGGAUUGUCAUUACAUACAGUGAGACAGUUUCCGGACACUAACUGGAAUUUGGCGGUGGUUGCUGACGGAGGUUAGCCUGUUAGCAAGCACCAGCUACUAGCAUUAGCUGGGACAAAUUAAACCGUUGAUGCGCGAAUCUUGGACAGUAAAAACAUUUGAAGCCAGGGAUUAAAAUAAAGUUAGCGAUACCACCAACCUUGCACUGGGGUCCAUGAUUGGAGAUGUUGGCUGCGCUUGAGCUGCUGAUGGAUGGACAAAGAAGUCACUCCAGUGAACCAGACUGCAGUCUGUGGACCUCCAGCAAAAACAACCCUCGAUAAAGUCAUGCUUUUUUAAACAAACAAUGGCUUCUCGUGAUGUUGACAAGCCCCCAAGUAACACCAAGGACUUGGAUGCCGUUUCGGGAACACUUUCCAGAUGUGACCCCCCUGACAUUACAGAGGAGCAUCAGCCCGAUACAUCAAAUGCUAUAGUCAAAUCACAGAAAUCUGGGAAAUUUAGGACUGCCCUGACAUUCUUCGGCGUUCGCAAAAGCAUGUGUAUUUUACCGAGCUUUUUUGGAGGGAGGAGUAAAAACCAGAGCAGGUGGUCUUCUAAGAAGGGAAUCUACAAAAGCAAAACACAUGAUGGGCUAAGCCAAAUAAGUCAUGAUGACAGCCUGAGAGGUGGAUCUACCUCCACUGGGGAUUUUGAGUACCACGACCAGAGUGACUGUGCUGAAAAGCUUCAUAGUAAUGAAUGUAAUGUAAUGUCUGUCCCCAGUGAACAUAAAUCGCAGUCCCUCAGUAGACAGAAACGGAGUUUGAAAAGCUUUUUUAAUAGUUUUAAGCAUCACAAAAACCAUAGAAAUGGAAAUGGUGGUACAGAUAAAACUGAAAUGAUUUCGGUGUCUUCUCCUGACUGCCAAAAAGUGGCUGUUAUCCAGGACAUCCCCCACGAGUUUGUCACGGAGUGCCUGGAAUCUGAACCAGACGUGCCUGAUUUUUCUACCUGUAAUAUUUCACUGCCACCUGAAUGUACUGAUGUUGAAGAGGUGGCUUUCGAGAAGAGCCUGAAACAAGAAAGCCCAAAGACUGAGCUUGAUGAUGAGUUAUGUGUUGAUCAUAUAGAUGAAAUUAAUAUGAUGGCUAUUGUUUCCAGUGAAUACAAGGAGAUUGGUAGAGGACAUAGCGAGCCUUGCCUGUUACUCGAGAUGAUACCCGAUCUGGCACUGAAGUCUGAAACACCCGCAAGCUCGUCUGAUCAACUGAACCUAAUUUACGGUGAGGUGGCCUCACUGAAGAGCUUUGAUUCACUCACUGGGUGUGGGGACAUCAUUGCAGAUCAAGAAGAUGACAGCAUCACAGAGAGUACCGUUUCUGGAGAAAGGAGUAGAAAUGGAGGCGGAAAGAGGGGCUCCUGCUUUCUCACCUACCAGGGCGGUGGGGAGGAAAUGGCCUCACCUGAAGAUUUAGAUGAGCACUGUCUUCAAGGUUUCUGGGAUAAUAAUGCAUCAGCGGAGUCUUGCUGUUCUUGCAACCAGGACCACACCGAUUCAACUACCAACCCCACGUGCUCACACAACAUGGACUUGGUGAGCAGUGACAUUGCACAGCAAGCCAGCACCAUGAACACGUCAACUGAUGUGUUGACCCCUCAAAGCGAGCAUCAAGAAUCUGUCCCUAAUAGCGAUGAGGGCUACUAUGAUUCAACAACCCCAGGUCCAGAUGAAGGACAAGACAGAACAGACCAGCUAAGGACAGACAGAUUACCUAGAGACAGUUAUAGUGGGGAUGCCCUCUAUGAACUGUUUGCAACGGAUGAGAGUCUUAUCAGUCCACACAAUGAAAGCAAACGUAGACUGCCAAGUUCCAGACCAAGUGAACCAAUAGAUAAAACUGAUUCUGCCUUCUCCGAUAUUCAUCAGUUCCAAGGAACAGACUUGUAUAAAGUGCAGGACUUUAUUGAGGUGCAGAGCACAUGUAAGACCCUAGAGUUGACAAAAAAUGAGAUGGACUGGAAAGACUGUAAUUCAAGUACAAAACCACAGGCAGCAGAGAAUUGUGAGGCAGAUGCAUUUGAUGAAAAGGGAAAUGUGCUUGCUUCGUCAAAAAUGAUCAAUGUUGAAGAGAAGAGGCGCAGCAAUUUAUCAUUCACGAGUACAUCUGAUCCAGAUUUUGAAACAAUCUGUGAACCCAAAAAGCAACAGCUUGAGGAAAACAAACCAGUUGCAUUGCCAUUCCGAAAUGUCAAUUCUCAGUCUCUGGAUUGUAGCAGUCUGGAUGAUGACCAGACCGUGUGUUUCUCUCAAGCGCUUGAAAACUACGAGAAAAACUGUCAGAUGCUGAGUGACUUGCACAACACAAGCGUGGAUGUCUUGGAGACUAACACUGCCCUCACCCCAAAUAUGGAGGCCUUACCCACCAUAGUCACGUUUGAUGUCGUGGACUUGCAUAAUGAGGGGGAGUAUGACGAGCAGAUUCACAUGGAACUGGAAGAAGACAUUUCAUCACCCUAUCAGGAAUUGGAAGACAGCUACCUCCAAAAAGAUGCAUUUGCAGAAUGUGACUAUCAAAUGUUAGACUUGUAUGAACAGAGUCUGAUCAGUAACACGUGGGCCAUCGCCAGUCUCCCACGGCACCUCGGCCUUACAAGACAUAGCCAGACCAUGUCUAGUCCAUUGUCUCUAGACAGGAGGAGUAGGUCUCUGGGCACGGAAAGCCUUCAGUUGAAUAUAGCUGAUACAUACAGAGAGGGCAGAGCGGCUACCCUUUCUUGUCCUCAAGCUGGAAGAGACUAUGAGAGAUAUUAUAAAAAGAAUGUCCUCAUGUCUGCAUCACAGGUUAGAGAUGGUGGUCGCGCUAUGGCCUUACCAUGGCAAAUGCGGUCAGAAAUGGCUUUAAGCCAUCCUUUGAGAGAUGACGGCAUCACUGAAGUAGUUCAGAAACAUAAAUUAUUUUCAGAUUCAUCCAGCAGGGGGUUACCUGACAGUAAAUUCCACCUAUGCUUUGAUGUGCCAAUGUCACAGGACGCGGAGCGUUGCGGUAGGCCGUGCCACCUUCCCUUGCCAUCAGGUUCUUGUAUAUUUCAGAGCACCUUUGUAACGUCACGCGAUGCAGAUGAGGAUGUGUUUUGCAAAGCUGCUACCGAUUUGCAGUUGUACAUCCAGUGUGGUAAAAGCAGACAGGCCGCUAUUAGAGAGAAAGUAACUGACACUAGCGUGCCUACGGAUGACCCGCCAAGGGACAUGACGAGCACUGCAGCUGGAAACAAACACCACAGCCUGAGCUUAAAUUUGAAAGGCUCUCAUUAACACGGUUAGCAGUACAUUUAUAUGCCAUUGAUUUUUACGUUUUUAGUGCUCAUUAUGGCCUACUUGAACAAUCCAUUUCAAAUGUCCUGCUCAAAGAAUUUAGCUGGAAGUAAGUUUAAAAUACAGCUAAUCCUGGUUAUUGAGAAGUGUAAAUGGUAUUUACACAGGAAUUAAUGUUUGCAUCUUUACAUCCACCAUUUGCCUCCUAAAGUAUUUUACUUGACACUUGAUAUUUGUUUCUUCUUUACCGCAUAUAUUUGCCCCAGUUCAUGUCUCUGGUGUGUUUGUAGCCGUUUUCUUGGUUCACCUCAUUUCAAUUCAAUUCCAAAAAUUUUUAGCUGACACUGACAUUGCAUUUUUUUUUUUUUUAUCUAGUCAGCAGUUGGCAGUACAAAAGGACUCUCUUGCUCACUUUAUUGUGCUAUUGAAACUGUUUGAAUUGA